CUCAUUCUUCUAGUUGUUUGGAGUUUAUUUUAAUUCUUGUGGUGAUUAAGAUUUCGUUGAUUUCGAUGGAUACAUCAUGAUUAAUUUGUGAAUUUCUCGUUAAGAGGAUGCACCAUAAUUAAGUGUGGAUUAAUUGUCGUUGUGAUUGUGGUGUUUUAUUUUCUCUCUUUUAUCAAAAGUAUUUCGAGUUUACUUGAUUUUUUUUGGGAAAAUCAUCAAUCUGAUUUUCUUUUUCUUCCGUUCUUUUUUUUAGAAUUUUAAAUUAGUAUUUAAUCAUUUUAUCCAAGAUGAAAUUGGCUUCAAUUGUUCGUAGUCCAAGUGUCAGUGCAAAUUUAUCACAAUCUUCUUCAGAUGGAAAUUCUGAAAUGUCUCUUGACUGGAGGAAUUUCUCUCUCUAUGAUUAUAUCCGUUAUGAGCUACGAGGAACUUACCUGUUGGAAAAUGAUGCCGGUGAAAUGAGAAUGAGAAGAGAUAAAUUUUACAAAUUUCUAAAAAUUCCAAGAGAAUUGGAGAAAUUUAUGUGGUUCGGUUUUCUACAAUGUGUAGAUGUUUUUGUAUCUCUUUUCACUCUCCUGCCAAUACGUUUUCUCCUCUCCCUGUGGUUUCUAGUGACAAAAUCAAGGUCAAAAUCUCUCAGAGAUGGAUUAUCCAAUAAUCAAGGAGGUUCAACGUUAAAACCAGCCGAGAUUUGUGAUCUUCUCAAAGGGAUUAUGUUUAUAAUCGGAGCUUCUCUCAUCUUCUAUAUCGAUACCUCAAUGUUAUAUCAUAUAAUUAAAUCUCAAUCUGUGAUAAAACUUUAUAUCUUCUUCAAUAUGCUCGAGUUAGCUGAUAAAUUGAUUACCUCAUUUGGCUUGGACAUUUUGGAUACCUUAUAUUGGACAGCAACCGAACCAAGAGGAAGAAAACGGGAACAUUUUGGUGUAAUUCCUCAUCUUUUCAUGACCGUUGUUUACAUUUUUGUCCAUACAAUUCUGGUUCUCCUUCAAGCAACCACACUCAAUGUAGCAAUUAACUCAAGUAACAAUGCCCUUCUCACCAUAUGGAUGUCCAAUAAUUUCGUCGAGCUUAAAGGAAUGGUUUUCAAAAAAUUCGAGAAAAACAAUCUUUUCCAAAUGUCAUGUAACGAUGUGAAAGAGAGAUUCCAUCUACUGAUUAUCUUAUUUGUGGUCAUCAUGCAAACAAUGAAGGAAUAUAAUUGGGAUGAGAGACACUUUUGGAUAUUAAUUCCCUAUUGUCUUACUAUUUUCAUCUCAGAAUUUGCAGUUGAUUGGGUUAAACAUUGUUUCGUCACUCGAUUCAAUGAUAUUAGCCAUGAAAUUUACCACACUUACACCAUAAGUUUAUCCUAUGAUAUUGCGAGUAGCAAUUUAAAAAGUGCCUAUUCCGAUCAUGCUGAUACAAUAUCAAAGCGAAUGGGUUUUGUACCUUUACCUUUGGGUUUAUUAUUAAUGAAAGUAUUUGUAAUCUCUGUACCUCUCAAUGGCUGGUAUGGGAUCUCAUCGAUAGUUUUAGGUUUCCUCUGUUUGAUUACUUUCAAAUUUUGGUUAAACAUUUUACUUAUUGGUCAAGCUUUGGAAAUCAUUGAAGCUCAUCGAGCUGACCAAGAGUCCAAUAAUCCAUUGAAACGACGAUGUACCAGUUUACCGGCAAGUCGCCAGCCAAGUAUGGAAAACAUUCCCGCCAAUUUAAAUUUACCACUCAGAUCCAAAGUUCUCAAUAAGGAAAAUCAAAUCAACAAUAAGGAUGAUUAGUCCAACUCAAUUAGUUUUGAUUGUCUCUCUAUCAAUGUAACUAGAAUCAUCCCUUUUUUUAUAUAUAAUACUAAAUAUAAACUUUACAUGAAAA